AUGGGCAUUGUUCCCUUUGCCUUCGCUAAAACGGGAAAACUUCAACAAAAAAAAAGUCAGUGUCAGUCACCCCAGCAUGGACUUUUAUGUCAUCCUUGUUCUUCAAAAUUCAGAUUUCAAUUCAACAUAAAAGUAGUAUUUUGAAAAGAAAUAGGUACCUAUUAAUUUUUUAAACGAAAAUGAAUAGCACAGCGAAAAAGAAACGACGAAUUGAAGGCGUGAAAAAUGAAGAGAAAUUAGCAGACUCGGAUAAUAUAGAAAAUCACCCUGGAAAAAAAUUUAAAAAGCAUAGAAAACAUACCGCAAAGUUCCGCAUUAAGAGUACAGGAGAAUGUGCAUCUUUGGAAAAACCAUUGAACGACAGAGUACCACUGAUGCUAACUGAUAUUCAACAUCUGUUAUUACAUUCAUUAUUAGGAAAUCUCAAUUUAUCUCAGCCACCUAGGUGGUAUGUGUUAGAAAAAUGUGAUCGCAUCAGCCAAACUACUUGUCUCAUUUUGGAAGGUAUCUCAAUUCAGCAUUGGGAAAAAUACAGUGAUAAUCUACAAAACACAAAAAACAUAUUUACUGAUUUUGUUGAAAUACUGACACCAUCUGUAUAUAAUGGUUCAUUAGUCCAAGAAUUAGCCCUAGUCCCGUUGUCUGAAGUUGACAAAGAAGGAAUUAUACAAAAAUAUGGCAGUAUGAAUUUAGCAUUAGAAGCACGGAAAGACUUGAUGGUAAUGAUGAAAGCAGUUUUUCCAGUAAGUAAUAAAACAGAUGAAAAAGUUAAAGAACAAACUGAAGAUAAAUUUCCUAGAACUCAGUUAAUUCUGUCAGCUUGGCAACUUAUUGAGGAGAAUUAUCCAGUUCCUAUUAAGGGUAAAUUAAAAAAUGCUUAUGCAGAUUAUGUAAUGACUAAAGAUGAAUAUAUGCCUGUUACUAUUAAUUCACCCAUGUUCGGUUUGGAUUGUGAAAUGUGUAUCACCAAUGCUGGUUCUGAACUAACCCGAGUAUCAAUAGUUAAUGAAAAACAUGAAACUAUUUAUGAGUCAUUAGUGAAACCUUAUAAUGACAUUACAGAUUACUUGACAAGGUUUUCUGGUAUCACCCAAACUCUUUUGUGUGAUGUAACUAAAAGACUGAAAGAUGUUCAAGAUGAUAUAAGAGAAUUAUUGCCUCCUGAUGCUAUAUUAGUAGGUCAUUCUUUGAAUAUAGAUUUACAUGCUUUGAAAAUGAUGCAUCCAUAUGUUAUAGACACAAGUUUAAUUUACAAUUUUACAGGGCAAAGAACUCGUAAACCUAAACUAAAAACAUUAGCUAAAGAGUUUCUUGAUGUAGAUAUUCAAACUGGAAAGGCUGGCCAUUGCUCUGUUGAGGAUUCCUUAGCAACAUUAAAAUUGGUCCAAUUAAAACUUAGCAAAGACAUAGAAUAUGGUGAUGCUGUACAUACCAAUAGACAAAAAUAUAAAGAGAAUAUUAUUAACAAAAUAUCAAAAACAGAAGAACUUGCCCUAUCAAUAUUCAAUCAUAUGAUUGAACAACGAAAAUCUUCCUUAGUUGUUGGAUGUGAUGAUAUUACAGGUGAUUAUCAUUCCUAUCUAUCUCAAGCUAAAGAAAGUGUCACAUCCCAUUUAAAAAAAGCUAAACCUAAAAAGGUGAAGCUUAAUACAGUGGAUGAAGUUGAGGAAGUCAUAGAAAAACUGUCAGAAGCCACUAAAGAAUACAAUUUUGCAAUGGCUCAUUUGAAGCUGGAAUUAAAUAGUGAUACAGAAGCAGAACAGAUGCAAAUAGUGGAUAAAUGGAUUAAUACAGUUUGGAAUGAUCUAAAUCCAAAUGCUUUAUAUGUAGUUGUGUUUGGUGGAACAACUAAUGAUAAUGGUGUGGCUAUGAUGAAAGUGAAGAGUUAUUAAUUAAGGCAUGUAGAAAUAAGCUAAGUAUUUGUGUAAAUAUACCUACUGUUUGAUAUAAAUAUGUUUUUAAUUAAAAACUAUAUUUUUUAAGUGUGUUACUUAUGCUAUUUUAUUAAACAUUUGUUGACUGUUAAGUUAGUUUAGUGCUUACAUAGAUAAUAUACUUUUUAUUUGAACCAGGCUCUUAAGUCUUUUGCACUUACUUUGUUCACUCAAGGCAAGGGUCUAUUCGAUAAUUACAUGGUGCACAUAGGCAUUUAAAGUAUUCGGCAGCAACUAUCCAUCCAUACUUCCAUCUAAACUAAUAUUAUAAAUGCGUAAGUGUGUUCAUCUGUUACCUCUUCAUGUUUAAACCACUGAACGGAUUUAGAUUAUUGAAGUUAUACUUCUUUAGG